CAUGACAUUAGUAUAUUAGCAAUUUUAUAUAAAUGAAUUAUAUAUAUAGUGUGCGGGUGGCAGUAACAUUUUAACGCAUCCCUUAAAGUUUUGAAUAUUAAUAAACAAAACACAAUAAUAUUUAUAAACAUAUCCAAUGGAGACAGAGAAUCCAGUUAUAUUGGAAACUUGCGAAAAUGAUUCGGUUUUGCUUCAGACUGUUAAAAAUAUUGUUGUUAAUCAAGAUCAACAUAAUGAAAUGGAACCUGGAGAAGAUGAAUUCUUUUUAGUAACCGAUGUUGACAAUGAUCAACAAAGAAAUAUAAAUAUUAAUAACGACGAGUCUAUAUGUAAUUUAAACGAAUCUUUAGAAAGAAUGUCGUUGUCAAGAUUAUGUAGAUUUUGUGCUAAGGUAUAUGAUCACUUUAUUCCAAUAUUUGAAGGAGAAGGCAUGGAAUAUUCAAUAUGUGACAAAAUACACAGAUAUUUACCUAUACAUAUUUCUGAGAAUGAUACAUUACCUUUGAAUUUAUGUUAUCGUUGUGCUGCCAUGAUAUUAACAUGGCACGGAUUCAUUGAAAAAUGUAUGAACGCUGAACGCAAAUUACUUGAAAUACAAAAUUCAUUUGAUAACAAACAAUACUUUCAACCACAGUCAACUUAUGAAUCAGAAAUUGUACCGGAAAUAAAUUUAUCUAAUAUUAAUGACAAAAAUUUUUCCAGUGAAGAAAAUGAAGUUAAAAAUGAGACACAUAAAGAAGGAACUGUUAAUUAUUUAAACAGAUCCAGUGGCAACCGGACAACGUUUAAAAUGUUCCUGGAAAUGCACAAUAUAUUUUGGAAACCGUAUAAAAAGAGAUGUCAGCUACAACAAAAGAAAUCAAAUACUAAUGGAGAUUGUAAUUCUGUUUGGAUAGCCGUAAUGGAUACAACGCUUGAUCAUCAUUCUUCGAUAACCGAUCUACAACAGAAUAAUGAUGUUGAAGUGAAAGAAAAAACAUCAGAAGAGUACAAACCAAAUAAUAUCACAAUUAUGGAUCGUGAAGAAAAUACGUGUAUGAUGGCAUUUCUUCCUAAUGUAAAUGGUGAAUCAGAAAAACCUAAGAGAUGUGAAACUUCCUUAAACGAUACUAAAGAAUCUAACAAACAGAUGAAAAAACAAAAAACCUAUUCAAAUACACAGGAAUCAUAUAAAUGUGUCGAGUGUGGGAAAUAUUUUAAAUUAAAAGAUUCUUAUUUGAGACAUAUGAGGAUACACAAGGAUGAAAGACCAUUUACUUGUCAUGUAUGUGGAAAACAGUUUCGUGAUUCUGGUGGGCUUUCAAGACACUUAAGAGAUGUACAUGCGAAGCUUAAAAAUUUUACGUGCGACAUUUGUGGCAAUUCGUUUGCAUCUAAAGCUACGAGAGAUGAUCAUCGUCGUACGCAUACAGGAGAAAGACCUUACAUUUGUGAUUCCUGUGGUAAAACAUUUAAAUCUAAAGCUUCACUUUAUAUUCAUAGUAAAUUGCAUACUAAUGAGUUUCCACAUCCAUGCAGUUAUUGCAAUAAAAAGUUUCGUAGACGUCAAGAAAUGUUAACCCAUGUAACAACGCAUACAGGUGAAAAGAAUUAUGAAUGUGAUGAAUGUUCGAAAAGAUUCCGAGUCAAAUCUGAAUUGGUCAGGCAUAAGCUCGUCCAUUCUGAAAUUAAACCAUUUGUUUGUGUCAAAUGUGGAUUGGCUUUUCGUCAAAAACGUCAUUUAAAUUAUCACAUUAAAAACAGACACGUAGAUUUAUUACAAAUGAAAUAAUUUGCACGUUGCAUAAUUUGUUGUAAAUUAUAUGUAUAAACGUAAUUGAUGAA